GGCAGGGGCCUGGCACACUGUGUCCCCCCCGCCUCCAGGCUAUUGCACAUCAAGCCGGUCAUAUUCUUGUAGUUUCCAAUCUACAUUUCCCUUUGCAGGCCAGCUCCCAACCUGCAGGGGAGGUGGGGGCUCUCCCAAGACUCCCUGGAGAAGUCGUUGGCUGGUGGCCUCCAGCUGUCCCAUGGGGUAGCACCAGACCUGCCCGCUCACCCAUGCCCUCAUGGCUCUGGGACACCUGGGUGAUUCCUACCUAAUACUGCUUCUGGCAAACUUACACAAGUUCUUGCUAUUCACAGAGAAGGUGGCUUUCACAGGUGAAAAGUGUGACUCUUAACAGAGGUUCCAGGUCAGCCUGGGGCUGUGUGCUGGCUGCACUGGCCAGUUUGUGGCUGCCACACCGUCCGGGUGCUGGCAUGGAGGGAGGCCUGCCUUCAAAGGGAGGCUGGGGAGGGCGCAGUGCUCCCAGGGGGAUGACUCCCUUCCCUGGGCAGUUUACUCUGUGCCAGUUUCCUUGCCUGUGGAGCCUUGUGCCUUGGCUUCCUGCCAUUUGCAUUAUAGGUGGCAGCGGAGGGAGCGAGGGGCACAGCAGCUCCCAGCGGCCAGCUGGGGCCAGUGAGCGCCUGGGGGAGACCCAGCCUGGACCACAGCAGCCGCAGCCUCCUGCACUGGAGCCGGAGGACGAGGAGGGGGAGGUAGAGCUGGAGCUCCUGCCCGUGGACCUGUCGGCGGAACAGGAGCAGGAGCUGGAGCGGCAGCGGGAGGAGCGGCAGCUGCAGCUCAAACUGCAGGAGCAGCUGCAGCAGCUGGAGCGGCACCUGGAGCAGCAGCAGAGGCUGGAGCAGCAGCAGCAACUGGCGCAGCAGGAGGUGCAGCUGGAGCUGGCCCCUGUGGAGCUGGGUGCCCAGCCGCAGGAGCUGCAGCUGGAGCUGACCCCCGUGCAGCCCGAGCUGCAGCUGGAGCUGCUGCCAGCAGCUGCGGGUGGCGCUGGGCCGCCUGGCCCCGGGGCUCCAGCCACCGUCGUGGUGGCGCCCCCGGGGUACUUGGUGCUGCAGGAGCUCAUGGUGCUGCCCGCUGUGCCCACGUCCACGGUGGUGCCCAUCCCGGGCCCUGCAGGAAGUGCCGCUUUGACGCCAGCGCGGCAGCGGCGGCGGCGCCGGGCCCGAGACAGGCCGACCAUCUGCGGGGAAUGCGGCAAAGGCUUCAGCCGCAGCACAGACCUGGUGCGGCACCAGGCCACGCACACGGGUGAGCGGCCGCACCGCUGCGGGGAAUGCGGCAAGGGCUUCUCGCAGCAUUCCAACCUGGUGACACACCAGCGCAUCCACACGGGCGAGAAGCCCUACGCCUGCUCCUACUGCAGCAAGCGCUUCAGCGAGAGCUCAGCGCUUGUGCAGCACCAGCGCACGCACACCGGGGAGCGGCCCUACGCCUGCGGCGACUGCGGCAAGCGCUUCAGCGUCUCCUCCAACUUGCUGCGCCACCGGCGCACGCACUCGGGCGAGCGGCCCUAUGUGUGCGAGGACUGCGGCGAGCGCUUCCGCCACAAGGUGCAGAUCCGCCGCCAUGAGCGUCAGCUGCACGGUGCCGGCCGCUCGCGGGGCCUCGGCCUGCUGUGCAGCUCCCGGCCUUCCGCCCCUGCUGGCCCAGCACGCUCGCAGCCACUGGGGAGCACGCAGUCCUGCCACAAGGCUCUCCUGGACGUGGGCGAGCGGAAUCCGGGCCGGGGAGGGUCUCAGGAGUGGGAUCCAGGAGAGCCGGACGGCCCUGCUGGAAGCUCCUGCGGCCUCCGCGUGACCGGAAGUGCCCCUGCGGGCGGGCGCGGGGCGGGGCCGGAGGGCGGCACUUCCGGUGCCCACGCGCCGCCGCCGCCGCCGCAGCAGCGCAGCUCGGGGGCCGUCACUUUGUGUAGCGUGGGGGGCCCUCGGCGGCCCGCAGGCCCCGGCCCGGCCAGGCCCGGCUCGCUCGGCUCGCUCUCCGGGAGGAUGGCGACCCUUCGGGCAACCCCAGACGCCCCAGGUGCCCUGCUGCCCAGGGCAGAGGAUGGGGCAGAAUGCCAUCCUGACCAGGAGGAGGAUGACAAAGAGGAGGAACAGAAGGCAGACGAGGUGGAGGCCGAAGAAGAGGAGGAGGAGGACGGUGAUGGCAUGGAGGAGCAGACCUUGCAGGGUUCCCAGCUGCCAGCUGCUCACCGGCAUGGGGAGCUGGAGGACGAGGAGGAAGAGGAGGAGUUCUUGGCAGCUGAGUCUCAGCUCUCCUGGGCCUUCCCCAGCUACUGCCCACCCUGCUGGGCUGUACAUAGUGGCUACCCAGCCCCCGGGCCAGCUGCGGGCAGCAUCGGAGCUCUGUGUUUCCAGGGGCUGGUGACCUUUGAGGACAUAGCCGUGUACUUCUCCCUGGAGGAGUGGGAGAGGCUGGAUGCCGCGCAGCAGGACCUCUACCGGGAGGUCAUGCAGGAGAACUAUGGGAUCCUGGUGUCCCUGGGAUACCCCAUCCCCAAGCCAGACCUGAUCUUCCGGCUGGAGCAAGGAGAGGAACCCUGGGUGCCUGAUAGUCCCCGGCCUGAGGAGGGCGACAUCGUCACUGGCGUCUACACAGGGGCCUGGUUCUGGACGGACGACAUGGAGGACCAUGAGGACGAGGAUGAUGAGGACUUCCUGGCAGAGGUGGCCGAGGAGGAGAAUGAGCCCCCAGGGCUGUGGUCUGCAGCCUAUGGUGUGGGAGAUGUGCCUGGGACUUGGGGGCCUGAUGACUCGGAUCCAGCACAGACUCCGGAGAGGUGGGGACCCGACCCUGGCGACCUCGGGGUCCUGCCUGAGGGGCCUGCAGCUAAGCGCUUCCUGGCCAUGCGGGAACCCGGUGCAAACCUGCUGGCGCCGUGGGCGUUCCCCGCCACGGUGGCUGCCCAGGCGGGUCGGCCGGAGACCACAUGUGAAGUGUGCGGCAAAGUGUUCCCGCACCGCUCGCGGCUGGCCAAGCACCAGCGCUACCACGCCGCUGUCAAGCCCUUCGGCUGUGAUGAGUGCGGCAAGGGCUUCGUGUACCGCUCCCACUUGGCCAUCCACCAGCGCACACAUACUGGCGAGAAGCCCUUUCCGUGCCCGGAUUGCGGCAAGCGCUUUGUCUACAAGUCGCACCUCGUCACGCACCGGCGCAUCCACACCGGUGAGCGGCCCUACCGCUGCGCCUUCUGCGGUGCGGGCUUCGGGCGCCGCUCCUACCUGGUCACUCACCAGCGCACGCACACGGGUGAACGGCCCUACCCGUGCCCGCACUGUGGACGCAGUUUUAGCCAGAGCUCCGCGCUUGCGCGGCAUCAGGCGGUGCACACGGCCGACCGGCCGCACUGCUGCCCGGACUGUGGCCAGGCCUUCCGCCUGCGCGCCGACUUCCAGCGCCACCGGCGUGGAGGCAGCUGCACCGAGCCCGCCGCUGGCAGCGGGGAAGGCCCUCUGCGGGAGAACUCGGAAGCACCGCUCAGGGUGGGUUCCCAGGAAGCCGAAGCCGUGCCUGAGGCAGCUGAGGAGCCUGAGGCUGGCGAGUCGGGAGAGCCAGAGGCCGAGGAGACGCCCACCCCGGCAAGCAAGGAGGACUCCGAGCAGGACAGGCGAUUCCCCGGCCUGGGCAACGGCCUGGGCGAGGUUCAAGGCCCUUCCUCGCACCCGCUCGGCUUCCACUUCCCGGGGCAUCCCAAGUCCUGGCUCCCCCCAGAUGGUUUCCCCAUUCUUGGCCUCCCCAAUUUUGGGGAGCGGGUCCCAGGCGACAGACGUCCCCUGGCAGGGCCGCUGUCGCUGGUGGAGGGCACGGGGCUGGCCUGCAGCACCUUCAGCAGCAGAGGUGGGACUGGGAGUGUUGGCGGUGGCCUGCGUGCCUUCGGGCCGGCCGUCGGGGGGCUGCUGGCUGAGCCGGCACCUGCCGCGCUGGCGGAGGAGGAGAGCCCGUGGAUCUGCUCGGACUGCGGCAAGACGUUCGGGCGCCGUGCGGCGCUGGCCAAGCACCAGCGCUACCACGCGGGCGAGCGGCCUCACCGCUGUGCCGACUGCGGCAAGAGCUUCGUGUACGGCUCCCACCUGGCGCGCCACCGGCGCACGCACACGGGCGAGCGGCCCUUCCCGUGCCCCGAGUGUGGUGCCCGCUUUGCCCGCGGCUCGCACCUGGCAGCGCACGUGCGCGGCCAUACCGGCGAGAAGCCCUUUGUGUGCGGUGUGUGCGGCGCGGGCUUCAGCCGGCGGGCGCACCUCACUGCCCACGGGCGCGCACACACCGGCGAGCGGCCCUAUGCGUGCGGGGAGUGCGGUCGCCGCUUCGGGCAGAGCGCGGCGCUAACGCGGCACCAGUGGGCACACGCCGAGGAGAAGCCGCACCGCUGCCCCGACUGCGGCAAGGGCUUUGGCCACAGCUCGGACUUCAAGCGGCACCGGCGCACGCACACGGGCGAGAAGCCGUUCCGCUGCGCCGACUGCGGCCGCGGCUUCGCGCAGCGCUCCAACCUGGCCAAGCACCGGCGCGGCCACACGGGCGAACGGCCCUUCCCGUGCCCCGAGUGCGGCAAGCGCUUCUCGCAGCGCUCGGUGCUCGUGACGCACCAGCGCACGCACACCGGCGAGCGGCCCUACGCCUGCGCCAACUGUGGCCGCCGGUUUUCACAGAGCUCGCACCUGCUCACCCACAUGAAGACACACCGCGGCUCGGCUGGUGCGCCUGGCCAGACGGCAGCUCCCACGUCCAAGGCUGAGGCACCUGCUAAGGCACCUCCAGUCACCGCCGCUAGCACUGGGUUAGGUGAACACGGCAGUACCCUGCUAGAGUUUGCGGGUGGCACGAGCUUCGGCUCGGAGCCUCCGUCUGCGUUUGCGGGGCCCUCAAGCGCGUACGAGGAGAGCAUCCUGUGAGGUGCCAGUGGCCCACGGAAGUGCAGGCCACCAGGGCCGCCUCAGGCACAGGCCGCUGCGUCCCAGGCCCUGGCUUGUUCGGCCGUGGGAGGGUGAGGGUUCCAGUCCUGGGUGUGGUGCCUUGUCUCGGUUCCCAGCACCCUGCGUCCGCCCCGUGGCCUUGGGGAUCCCUCCUACCCUGUGCCAAAGGAUGGGGAGGUGGGGCAGCGCACACAGGUGGUGAGGCUGGGAUGCCGGAAGGAGACUGACUGACAGUGUUGGCCAUGGCAGGCAACACUAUUUAUUGUAACCAUUGUUGGUGUGGGCAGCCGGUGGGGACAAUGAGGAAUGCGUGUGUGAGGGAGGAGGGAAGCCGGGGUGCAAGGCCAGCGGGGUAGUGGGGGAGAGCGCCCAGCUGCUGGGGUUGCGGAGGUUCAGAGAGUUCAGGGCUGUCUGCAGGGGAGGGCUGCUGUGGCUGUUGGCCAUGGAUGCUGUUCCUAUUUUGCGUGGGGUGUGAAAGGCCUGGGAGGAGAGAAAGCCAGAUGUCAGGUUUGUGGCCAGUGCAGGUAGUUGCAGGGGCACCCCAGGGGGUUAGGACCCCUGCCCUGAUUAGUGCAAAAGUCUGAGCCGCUGUGGCAGCUGGAUAUGACCUGCUUAGCCACCCCAGAGCGCCCAGCCCUGGGUGUCUACACCCGAGCCACCCCCAGUGCCCCGCAGCUGUGUUGGCUGAAGGAUUUUACUCCCUGUCAUGUCAGCAGCAGGUUCCUUUAGCUCUGCUCCUGUGUUUGUGCACAGGGGAAGCCAGAAGCAGUCUUUUCAAGUUUAGAUUCACUUUACCCGGAUGCGUAGUGG